AUGCCAAGAAGGGCAACAGAUAAUAGAAGAUCACAAAAACAACGUAUUGAUCAAACUGUACAUAAAAAUUUCACUGAAGAUGAAAAUAAUUUAGAAAAUAAUAAUAUAAAUAAUAAUAAUAGCUAUAUUGAAAAUAAUAAUGAUAUUGAAAAUAAUAAUAAUAAUAAUAAUAAUAUAAAUAAUAAUAAUAUUACAACAAAUAGUAAUAUUAAUGUAAAUAAUAAUAAAAAUAAUAAUUUAAAUAAUAAUAAUAAUAAUAAUUUAAAUAAUGAUGAUAAUAAUAAUAAUAAUUUAAAUAAUUUAAAUUUAUUUAAAAGGAAAUAUUAUGAAUUAAAAGAUAAAGUUAAUGAAAUAAAGAAGAUUAGAUUUACAGAGACAGAACAAUUAUUUGAAGAUUUUAAAAUUCGAGCAGAACAAAGGGAUACUGAAUCUAGGAAAGUUAUAAAUAAAUUAAAGAGAGAAUUGGAUAAUGUAAAUACGAGUAAUAGAGUAUUAAUGGAAUCAUUAAAGGAAGGUCAUGGAUUUAACUGUGAAGAGAUUAGAAAAGAUAUAUUAUUAAAAUCAAAGGAUGAUCAUGAAUUUACAAUCAAUCAACUUAAACUCUUUUACGAGGGCAGAAUCGAGCAACUUGAAACUGACAAUCAAAGAGUGUCCAAUGACUUUGACUCAUACAGAAACCAAGUGAUUGAGACCCAAAACAAGCAGAACAAAGAACGAUCCGAGAAAGAGGAAAGGGACAGAAUCCUCUUUGAAAACCUAACACCAUCAUCAGAGAGAAUCCAAGAGAGACGACAGCAAGAAGCCCAAUUACAAAGAAACUUGAAUGAAGAGAAUGAUUUAAUGAAAUUAAAAGAAUUUAUUGAGAAUUUAAAAGUUAAAUAUGAAAAUGAACAAAGAUCAAAUCUAGAGAAACACCAAGACUUGGUGAAAAAAACCCAAGAAAAGUUAAAGGAAUCCUCAGAGUUAUUAAACCGAUUAGAGAAUGAGAAAUCUGAUUUUGCAAAUAAAUACCAACAAUUAUCAAUUAAAUAUCAAGAUAAAUCAAAUAGUUAUAAAGAGUUGUUAUCUAAAAUCGAUGAUAUCAAACAAUCUGUACUCCAAGAUCAUGAACAAUUAACUCAAUCAAAGAAUAAAGAAAUUCAACAACUACAAUUAACCAUUAAAGAAAAACAACUCAAUUAUGAUCAAUUACAAACCUCUUCAAAACAAAUCAUUGAUAGUUUACAAAAGGAAAUCGAAGAGAUUACAAUUGUAAAUGAUAAAUUAUUAUUUGAUCAAUUAGAAUUGAAAAAUGCUGAAAUUGAAGAAUUAGAGAAAAAACAUUUAUCUGAAAUUGAAGAAUAUGAAGAAAAAUUAUUAUCUUCAACUGAUGAUUCUUUAAAAUCAAUUCAAAAAAUUUUAAAUCAAUUUGAACAAUCAAAAAUUGAUUUAAAUAAUUCAAAUUUAUUAAAUAAAACUAAUGAAAAUCAUUUAGAAAUUUAUAAACUUUUAACUGGUACAAAUAUUUCAAUUAUUUCUGAAAAUAAAUUUGAAGUUAUUUGUCAAAAUCCAAAAUAUGAUGCAAAAGUACAUGGUUAUAUUACAAUUAAUGAAGAUGAUAUAUAUUAUGAUCCAAUAUCAAUUGAUAAUUGUAGAAAUGAAAAUGAAUUUCUUGGUACUAGAUUAGAAUUUCCAAAAGAUGAAGGAAUGGCCUUUAUUGUCAAAUUAAUUGAAGCUGUUUUUAGAUAA